CUUCUUCAACUAUCCAACCGAAAAUGCCAUUGGGCGAUUCGACAAACGCGUAUAACACAACCAUGGUUGAUGAUUAUCCACCAAUCGAUGAUCCCCCUUUAUCGCUACCAACCGAUCCGAGUCAAAUCAAUGAUAAACUCGCGUCUGUAGAUUCGAUUAUAAUAGAAGAAGAAGAAACAGUGGAGAUGGAAGGGAUAGUAGGAAGCACAAGUACUUCAAACAAGACAAAAGACAAUUUGCAGUCUAAUUCUAUUACUGAAGAUCAGGACUUUAAUAAUGAUAAUGAUAAAGGGAAGGGAAAGGAAAAUUGGGAGAAUGUGAUUCCGUUGGGUUCUGACUCGUUUAAUGAUUCCACAAGUACUCUGAAUCAAGAUAAAUUCAAAUCAUCAAGUAUACCAUUUGGGAAACAGCAAGAUGUGACUGAAUGCAUGGAUAAUGUCAUGUUUCAAUUGGAAGCUGCUCUCAAGCCCACAAUAAGUGAUAAUGGUGUUACCGAGGUUACCGAGAAAACCAGAAAUAUAGUAAAAAGGUUAGAGUCUAUUUUACGGGAAGACAAAACAAUUGCUAAAGUAUCAGGAUCCGAGUUCAGGGGAAAUGAAGGAAGAGAUUUAUAUAAUGGACUUGAUGUUUACUUUGACGAAUCACAAGUGGAUUUUAAUGGAACACAAGCUGAACGCGAAGUUACAAUUAUCGAGUUACCUCCGAUCCUACAGAUUCAAGUGCAGCGGGUACAAUUCGAUCGAGUUACUUCAAAUGUAUAUAAAUCAAAUGCUUAUAUCAAAUUCGAAAAAGAGCUUUACCUCGACCGAUAUAUGGAGCAGAACCGUGAGAUGUUACGUGGAAGACGCGAAAUAGCACGUGAAUGGAAUCAACUUCUCGACCAAUAUAAUCAAGAACUUGAUGAAUUUGGUAUCGAUAAGACGAUCAAUUUACCAGCUGAUGAAAUACUAAAAAGAACCUAUAGAUUCAUUGUCACACAGUGCGAAAACGAGAAUACGGAUAAAUUGGAAUUUAAAGAUGAUUUUUUUAGAUUUAAAAAUGAUAGCGAUGAUCUAAAAAGACGGAAAGAAGUGACGAAAAACAGUGUUUCUGAACUGCAAGAUCAGCUAAAACACCAAUACGAUGAUUUAAGGGAAUGCGAGUAUCGAAUACAUGCAGUAUUCAUACAUAGUGCAUCAUUUGGUCACUAUUGGAUAUACAUAUACGAUUUUGAACUGGAGCGGUGGCUUAAAUAUAAUGAUACUGAAGUGUCAGAGGUUGGAGAAACAGAAGUCUUUGCUGAUACCUCGGGUUCAUCAACGAAUCCUUAUUGUAUGGUGUACGUACGAGCACAAGGUAUUUACUCUUUUCGUUUAAGUUUGGAAUACGUUUCUUAUUUAUUAAUAUGA